UUGCAGACGGAAGCGGCCGUGGAGGGGAAGGUGGCGGUUCCCCCUGAGGAGGGUGUUUGUCUUUAAAGCUGACGCUCCCCGUCCCCCUCCUCGCAGGGAAGGCUGAGGGCGCUGCCGGCGCUGAAGUCCUUGUUGGGGUCCCCGCCCCGGAGCCUCUCUCAGCGGUCCUGACUGUGAGUGUGAGCUGAGCUGAUUAACGGGCUGUGCUGACAUCUUUGAAGGCACAUUCUGUGACUCCUCAACAUAUUGUCACCUGAGAAAACAACCCACACCCUGAUCAGGACCAGGACCAAAUGGCUGCUUCUCAGGAACCCUUGUCCUUCAUGGAUGUAGCCAUAGAGUUCUCUCAGGAGGAGUGGGAAUGCCUGGACCCAGCUCAGCGAAAAUUGUACAUGGAUGUGAUGUUGGAGAACUACAGCAACCUAGUCUCCGUGGCUAUGUCAUCUGAAGAUGCCCAGGCCUUUAUGCCCAAGACUAGAAUACAAGAUUUAUUCUCUGAAAUGAUACUGAGUACACAUAAUGGAGACAGAAGUUAUCAGUGGAAUGAAAAUUGGAAAAAAUUUAAGCAAGAGUCAUAUUGUAGUCAUCGGAGAAGCGAGUUUGCAAAGCAGCAUUAUAAAAGUGGAAGAUUCUGUGACCCAUGGUGCAGUCACAACAUAUGUGAGGUUAUUCCUAUUGUGGAGAAGACACACAAAGGAAUUCAAUGUGUCAUGUCUUUUCAGCAUUCUCCAAAUUACACUGAACAAGAGAAUGUUCAUCCUGGGGAGAAAGCUUACAAAUGGAAUCCUCGUGGUAUAAUCUCAAGUCAAAUAUUCAAGACAAAUAAAGUGAAAAAUAUCCAUAGUGGAAAAAAAUCUAACAAAUGUAAAGAUUCUGGUAAAACAUCUAAUUGGCCUUCAGUUUGUAUGCUAAAUCAGAAAAUUCAUACUGGACUGAAGCCUUACAAAUGUAAAGUAUGUGGCAAAGCCUUUAAAUGUCAUUCAUCUCUUGUCGUACAUAAGGGAAGAAUUCAUACUAUUGCAACAUGUUAUAAACUCAGGGAAAAUGGAAAAGGCUUUAGUCAGUCCUCAGGACAUACUCCACAUCAUAGAAAUCACAUGGAUGAAAAGUUUUAUAAAUAUUUAGAAUGUGACAAAGCCUUUAGCUGGCCCUCAACUCUUAGUAUUCACCAGAGAAUUCACACUAGAGAGAAACCUUAUAAAUACAGAGAAUGUGGCACAUCCUCUAUCAGCUAUGCAAGUCUUACUUAUCAUCAAAGUGUUCAUACUGAAGAUAGGCCUUAUAAAUGUAGAGACUUUGGUAAAGUAUUCCUUCAUGGCUCAAACCAGAAUUGGCAUCAGAAAGUUCAUAAUGGAGAGAAGCUUUACAAAAGUAGAGAAUGUGGGAAAGCCUGUAGAGAGUUCUCACACCUUACUAUGCAUCAGAGAGUUCAUCCUGGAGAGAAGCCCCAUAAAUGUGGAGAAUGUGGCAAAGCCUUUAGAUGGUUCUCAGAACUUACAAGGCAUCAGAGAGGUCAUACUGCAGAGAAACCUUAUCAAUGUAGAGAAUGUGGCAAAGCCUUUAGCCUUUCCUCCUCCCUUAAUACACAUCAGAGAGUUCAUACAAGAGAGAAACCUUAUAAAUGUAGAGAAUGUGGCAAAGCCUUUAGCAGUUCCUCCUCUAUUUGUAGACAUAAGAGGGUUCAUACAGGAGAGAAAUCUUAUAAAUGUAGAGAAUGUGGCAAAGCCUUUACUCAGUCCUCCUCUCUUUGUAGACAUGAGAGAGUUCAUACUACAGAGAAUCCUUAUAAAUGUAGAGAAUGUGGCAAAGUCCUUAGCGAUUCCUCCUCUCUUUAUAAACAUGAGAGAGUUCAUAAAGGAGGGAAACCUUAUAAAUGUAGAGAAUGUGGCAAAGCCUUUAGUCAUUCCUCCUCUCUUUAUAGACAUGAAAGAGUUCAUACAGGAGAGAAACCUUAUAAAUGUAGAGACUGUGGCAAAGGCUUUACCAGUUCCUCAUCCCUUACUUCACAUCAGAGCGUUCACACGGGAGAGAAGCCUUAUAAAUGUAGAGAAUGUGGCAAAGCCUUUACCAAGUCCUCAUCCCUUACUUCACAUCAGAGCGUUCACACGGGAGAGAAGCCUUAUAAAUGUAGAGAAUGUGGCAAAGCCUUUACCAAGUCCUCAUCCCUUACUUCACAUCAGAGCGUUCACACGGGAGAGAAGCCUUAUAAAUGUAAAGAAUGUGGCAAAGCCUUUAACAAGUCCUCAUCCCUUGCUUCACAUCAGAGCGUUCACAUGGGAGAGAAACCUUAUAAAUGUAAAGAAUGUGGCAAAGCCUUUAUCACAUCCUCAUCCCUUACUUGUCAUCAGAGAGUUCAUACUGGAGAGAAGCCUUAUAAAUGUACAGAAUGUGGCAAAGCCUUUACCGCAUCGUCAUAUCUUGCUUGUCAUCGGAGAGUUCAUACUGGAGUGAAGCCUUAUAUAUGUAGAGUAUGUGGCAAAGCCUUUAUCAAAUCCUCCUGUCUUAAUAGACAUCAAAGCAUUCACACGGGAGAGAAGCCAUAUAAAUGUAGAGAAUGUGGCAAAGCCUUUAGCAAGUCCUCAUACCUUACUUCACAUCAGGGCAUUCACACGGGAGAGAAGCGUUAUAAAUGUAAAGAAUGUGGCAAAGACUUUACCACAUCCUCAUCCCUUAGUUGUCAUCAGAGAGUUCAUACUGGAGAGAAGCCUUAUGAAUGUACAGAAUGUGGCAAAUCCUUUGUCAGCUCCUCAGCACUUACUAAGCAUCAGAGAAUACAUACUGGAGUGAAGUCUUACAGAUGUGUGUAGUGUCAUAAGUCCUUGAGGAGCAGUGAGAACUUACUGAAUAUCACAGAAUUCAUGCUGGAAAGAAGCCUUAUGAAUGUGAAAAAUGUAAAAAUGCUUUUAAAAGCCAUUCAGAUAUGACUGUACCUUAGAGACUUCCUAACAGAGACUGUACAAAUGCAGAGAAUGGCUGGAGCCUCUACUCACAGCUCAAAAUUUGCUGAACAUUAGAGAUUUCGUAGUAGAGCAGCGGUUCUCAACCUGUGUGUCGACCCCUUUCGGGGUCUAACAACCCUUUCACAGGGGUUGCCUAAGACCAUCGGAAAACACAUAUAUAAUUACAUACUGUCUUUUUGCAUAAU